AUGGCAUCUUCAUACGCCCUUCCAACGUCUUCUUUACCGCAUGCGCAUCAAACCCAUAUGCAUUCCCACACACGAAGUACAUCUCAAUCGUCGCUCAAUAACCUCAAACGACAGUCUACUUUCUCCAACGGCAACCUACCCUCAGUACCUGAUGAGGACCAUGGUCACGACGCUAACCAUGACCAUGGCGACGGAAACUACAUCGCACACUCACACAACCCGAGCGUCCACAAGCAUGGACACAGACACUCCCGCAUGUCCAACACAAGCGCAUCCAUUGCCCGCGAGAAGCUCCCUCCAGCGCCAUUGAAUACACUAGAGGGUUGGACAGAAGAAAGGACACCCGGAGGCAGGAGCAUUCUCUCGCCGGGUCCUGCAUCGGCCAAUAUGACCUAUUCUCCUCCCGAUCAUGCCCACGACCAUCCUCAUGACCAUCACGACCACCAGCACGAUAAUUCACACAACCAUUCCCACUCCCACUCGCAUGACCAUUAUCACUCUCAUUCUCAUUCUCACGACCAUAGCCACAGUCAUGACCAUCAUGGCCACUCACAUUCGCGCGACGAUGACAAGGGCAAAAGAUCAAUGUUCACGAGGAUGAUUCUUCCGUACACAACAAGAUUCCCCAUUCUAAACGCCAUAUUAAUUGAAAAGGAUUCCAGACGGAUCUUCUACUUUAUGGCGCUCAACUUUUCGUUCAUGGCUGUCCAGGCAUUUUAUGGCUACGUCACAGAUUCACUUGGUCUUCUGAGUGAUAGUAUUCAUAUGUUUUUUGAUUGCGUGGCGCUGAUGGUUGGUUUGUUGGCUGCUGUCUUGAGCAAAUGGCCUCGAAGCCAGCGGUUCCCAUAUGGCUUCGGCAAAAUUGAGACAUUGAGUGGAUUCGCCAAUGGCAUUCUAUUGAUGCUGCUCAGUGUGGAGAUUGCUUUUGAGGCGUUCGAACGGUUGUGGGAGGGAACACAAACGAAGCGACUGGGCGAGCUAUUUAUUGUAAGCACCAUGGGCCUGCUCGUCAAUCUGGUUGGCAUGAUGGCUUUUGGCCAUCACCAUCAUGGACAUGAUCAUGGUAGCGAUGGAGGCGGCUGCCAUGGUCACGAUAACGAAAACAUGCACGGCAUUUACUUGCAUAUUCUUGCCGAUACCUUGGGCAGUGUGUCAGUUAUUGUGUCGACAAUAUUGACGAGUUUCUGGGGAUGGGCUGGAUGGGAUCCCCUGGCGUCGUGUUUUAUUGCCAUUCUCAUCUUCCUUUCUUCCAAGCCUCUCGUUUACUCGUCUGCGAAGCGACUCUUGCUUAGCAUCCCCGAGGAUACAGAGUAUAAUCUACGCAACAGCCUCGGUGGUAUCCUGAACCAAAGAGGAGUAGUUGGAUAUUCCUCGCCCAAAUUUUGGCGAGACGAUCAUAGUGCUAGCCCGACUGGAGGUAAGCUCCUGGGUGUUGUACAUGUGGUGGCAGCGAGAGGUGCUCCUUUGGAGGACGUUCGGGAUCGAGUGCGUGAGUAUCUUUUGCGGGAGGGUGCGGACGUCGUUGUGCAAGUUGAGCGAGAAGGAGAUAAUAGCUGUUGGUGCAGUAGGCGAGGGGUCCCAGCGCCACCAGCAACACCAACAUUGGCAUCAAUGAAGGCAUCUUAG